AUGCGGUUAAAAGGUCAAACUUCAAGGAAGGAGUACCGAAUUGUGAAGUCGUUCGCUAUGAUCAUGCAAAAAGCACCCGAAUACUGUAUUAGCGAUACAAUAAUGGCGCAAGAGCUCAUCACCCGGUAUUUGGAGCCGGCAUUGGCACCUUUAUUUGACGACAUCCUGCAGGAUACACUAUUUCGUUGGACUGCCACAAUUAAUCAAGAAUCAAAAGCAACCACUGCUAUAUCGAUUAGCAGGAGCAGGCCAGAUGCUUGUGUCUCUGGAUUGCACGGCGUCACUUGGGGCAUUAGCCGAGGCUUCGGCGAGGUGAAUCUUCGAUAG